UAACCGCGUCUUUACAAGAAGAAGGUUUACACGCUCGCUCGCUUGCACUAAGGGCGGUUACGACCUUUUUACUAGUAAAGGCAAGUCCCGGAAAUGGCUUCGAACUCGCGCAGUGAGCAGUCGGCACUCGGCAGAUGACUGAGAACAUGAGUCAUCGGCGUCGGUGCCAGAAUAGUCCAAACUCCGCAUGCGCAAUGAGCUCUUGCAGCGUUGAUCACCCACGCACAGUUUGCGAUAAGAAGUAAAAAUUGGUGAAAGCGGGGGUGCAUAUACCAAUUUUAAGUUUUCUUUUAGUUCUCUUAUCGUUUGCAACGUCCACGUGUGCAAUUACGUUAUCCAUUCGUGUCUCGUUAGUCGUUACCAAUAAUUAUUUACCACCUAAAUUCGGUUGUCUGUUUAUACUAUAACCAGGUCAGGUAGAUCGCAAUGUUCUUUAAUCUGAAGGAUCCACUCACCAUCAGCAUACGACUGCAUCACUUUGCAGUUUUGCUAUUUUUGUAACUUCCCGCUUUUCUGCUUCAUCAUGUCACUGGAAGCCCCCGCGAUGGAACUUGAUGCGGCUCUCCUGGAGGAUCCGAAUUAUGCAGACUUGAGCAAGGACUUCUUCAGCGAGUUACGGGAUCUGCGGAUGGCAGGCAGCUUUUGCGAUGUGGUGCUCAAAGGCUGUGAAAAUGAUUGUGAUGGGAUUCCCUGUCAUCGUCUGGUCCUCUGCGCGUGCAGCAGCUACUUUCGUGCCAUGUUCACGUCGGAGUGGAAAGAAACUUCGCAGUCAGACAUUCGGUUGAAGAACAUCCAGACGAACACACUGAAGGAGAUAGUACGUUAUGCGUAUUCCAUGGAAAUUACGAUUGAUGCGGAGAAUGUGCAGUCAGUUUUGGUUGCUGCGCUCUUCCUGAACAUUUCUUCCAUCGCCAAAAUCUGCUGGAAUUUUAUCGAGCGCCAUAUGAGUGUAUCGAAUUGUCUGAUGGUGCACUGUCUGGCUGAGCUGCAUAAAAAUUCGCGGCUGGCAGAGGAGACAAGGAUUUCCGUUCUUCAACAUUUUGUGCAAAUCGCUCAAAGCAGCGAUUUUCUGCUGCUGGAUGCCGAAAAGAUAAUUUACUUGUGUGCUUCCGAUAGUCUGGAAGUUGAAACGGAAGACGAGGUGUUCGAUGCUGUGAUGCAUUGGUUUGAUCACGACAAAGGUGUACGCAAAGCGCAUUUGUCGGACGUGUUGCAGUUUAUUCGGGUUCCGUUUCUUAGUCCUCGAGGUCUUGAGCUUUACUUCCUGGCCUUUCUAAAUGGCUUCCACAGUACAGCGACUGGUGGUAAUCCGCAAAAUCUGUCUGGAGAUAUCAGUGAAUUACCGGGCCGCAGGCCGGAUGCAGUGGUAUCGAGAUGCCGACCACGGGAGUCCUAUGGCUUGCCGAAAGUAAUUCUCUGUGUUGGUGGCUACGACGGCGCGAACAGCAAAGCUACGUACAUGUUUUGUCCUUCAAUGUCCGCUUUCUGGCACCUGGGCGAACUGCCAUACGGCAUAUCUUGCUGCGGCCUAACUGUGAUGAACAAGAAUUCAGCUUUCGUUUGCGGCGGAUUUUUAAGCGAUACCCGGAAGGAAAACCAGCGCAUCAGUCAACAUGAUGCAGUUCGUAACGUGUGGAAACAUGUUGCGUCAAUGCAGACAGGACGGAUAAGACCCGGCGUGGCAGCGCUGGGGGGUUAUAUCUAUGCUGCUGGAGGGGGAAUUUAUGUGAAUCCAAAUUGGGAACCAAUACGUUCCGUGGAACGCUAUGACCCUCAAACGAAUUCGUGGCAGUUUGUGGCUGAUUUGCCUCUUAAUGGUUUGCUGGGCCCCGCCAUGGUGGCAGCGAAGGAUCGGCUUUAUAUAUUUGGCGGACAAUCCCAAGGAACUUCGACGAACGCUGCAUUUUGCUAUGAUCCAAACAGCAAUAUCUGGAACAAACUGGCCGACAUGCCUACGGCUCGGGUGGGAUGUUGCGCAUGUGUCGGAGCCAACGGAUUGGUGUAUGUGAUCGGUGGAAAAGCGCAGGAACCUUUAAGUUGCGUGGAGGCUUAUGACCCACCGACGAAUGCAUGGCUGAAAAGAAGUGAUAUGAUUACGAAACGCAAUGUAGCGGGGUGUGGAUAUGUGGAUGGGAAGAUUUACGUUCUCGGUGGUUUGUCCGAUAACGGGGGAGUCGGUGAGAGUUCCAUAGAGGUGUACGAUGAGAAUACUGACUCUUGGACCAUGCAUGAAUGCCGAUUGCCCAAGGCCAUCCGAAGCUUUGGUUGUGCAGUGAAAAGGGCGCAGAAAAGAGCAAAUCUGCAUUUGGUAUCGAAAUCAGGCUAAUGGUUUAGCGGAUUUUCAAGUGGAUAUGCGACAACAGCAUUUUAACGACCGUAAUAAGAUCUUCCACAACAAUUAAGACUGUUCACUGCUGGGGUUGUUUCUUUACUACCUACAUAUCUGUAUUUGCUUACUGUAGCAGUGCACGUUUGCUGUAGAUUUUGAAACUGCAAAUUUUGAUUACAUUAGUUUAGUCAAGGGCAAACAAACCGUGAGGUACGCGCUAAUUUGGUCAGAAUGUAAAUAAAACGUACGAGUA